AUGUCAAUUUCGAGUAACGAAGAUCGAAAUGGGCGGGGCCAGGUGGAUAUGAGCCUAUAUCCACCGUUCAUCAGACAGCUAGACGCAAAACUGCCGGACUACACUAGAGAAGGAGAUAUCGAAUAUCCGUUUGAGGAAAUCACAGGUGUUGGAGAUGAGAAUAGGAUAAGAGGAAAUUGGAGCAACAAAUCGGACUAUUUGUUGGCUGUAAUUGGAUUUACAGCUGGUGUGGGAAGCUUCUGGAAAUUCCCAUUUUUGGUAUUUCAAAAUGGCGGAGCCGCGUUCCUGGUACCGUACCUCGCCAUGCUAUGUCUCGCCGCACUUCCAAUGUUCUUUAUGGAAAUGGUCUUGGGACAAUUCUCAUCAUCAGCUGCAAUUAGUGUAUGGAAAGUGGUACCGUUGUUUAAGGGUAUUGGAUUUGCCCAAGUGACAAUAUCCGGAUUCUUCGCCGUCUUCUUCAACAUCAUCUCGGCGUGGACCCUAUUUUAUCUGAUUAACUCAUUCAGCUUCUCGAUCCCAUGGUCAAAUUGUCAGAAUUCGUGGUCUGGAGAGAACUGCACCCUGGGUACCCGCAUUCAAUGUCGUGAAAUGAAUGGAACACUGCUAGUGAAUGGAAGUUGUAUUGUGGAACAUGCGACAUCGAACAAAACUACAGUAAUCCCACUGCACGAUUUGGAUUCGAUUCCCAGUUUGAAAUAUUUUCAUAACGACGUAUUGAUGUUAUCAAAAGGAGUCGACGAUUUUGGAACACUGAAUUGGUAUCUGGGACUUUGUGUUCUCGUCUGCUGGAUCGCUGUGUUUUUGUGCCUGUUUCAAGGGGUUAAGUCGAGUGGAAAGGUAGUCUACAUUUCGGUGAUAUUCCCGUUCAUAAUACUUACCGUACUCCUCACACGUCUUCUAACAUUGGAUGGAUCGAUUUCUGCGGUUUUAUAUUUUCUAACACCAAAAUGGGCGGUACUGAAAGAUCUACAUGUUUGGGGAGAGGCUGCCGUCCAGGCAUUCUACUCGGUUUCGUGUUGUUCCGGUGGAUUAUUCACAAUUGCCAGUUAUUCGAGAUUUCAUAACCAUUUGUACAAAGAUAUCUGCCUUGUGCUGAUUGUGGACGUGAUCGUAUCACUAAUCGGAUGUAUUCUAACAUUCUCUGCCAUCGGAUUCACUUGUUUCGAAUUCGCGAUCGCUUUGGAUAAAUUCCACAUUCGAGACGGAUUCCAUUUGGUUUUUGUGUUUUUAGCCGAAGCGUUGGCAGGUGUCCCAGUUGCUCCCCUCUACGCUGGCCUCUUCUUCAUAAUGAUUCUUCUGGUGGUCCAUGCGACCCAGAUGUUCGUAGUGGAAACGAUAGUAUCCUCUCUUUGUGACGAGUAUCCAGAACGACUCCGUCGGAAUAGAAGACACGUACUGACUACAGUAUGCGCCCUAUUCAUAUGUCUCUCAAUUCCCUUUUGCUUGUCUUCUGGAUUGUAUUGGAUGGAGCUGCUCACUCAAUUUGUGCUCACAUGGCCUCUGGUAGUCAUUGCCUUCUUGGAAUGUAUGGCUAUUAACUGGAUCUACGGUGUCGAUAAUAUGUUGGACAAUGCGAAAUGGAUUGUGGGACACUGGCCACCUUGUUAUAUCUUUUGGAAGAUCCUCUUCAAAUUCAUCUGUCCACUGGUCUAUUUGUCGAUUCUUUGUUUCCUCUGGCUGGAUUGGAAUUCAAUAGAAUACGAAUCAUAUCAAUUCCCAUAUUGGUCGAUUCUAGCGGCAUGGGGAAUCGCCUCUCUCCCGCUAUUGCUCAUUCCAAUUAUUGGAAGUUGGCAAUUCUGUAUUGCCAAGGGAUCAAUAACACAGAAAUGGUGGAGAGUACUGUAUCCGGACGACGCAUGGGGACCCGCACUAGCAAUUCAUAGGGCUGAGAAGUUCCCGUUGCAGAUUCCGGAAGCACGACGAUUGUUAUUACCCCCGGAAGUGGAAAUCGCGAGCUCGCAGAGGGAUUUACAGGAAAACAUCCAAAUGAACGGUGGAGGACCACUAACCGGCGCCCGCUCAUCGGAAUUUGGACAUCAAACCGAUGGAAAAUCGAUAAGAUCUGAUGUGAAGAGUGUUGGAGCGACGAUCAAUACGAUACCAAAAUUUGAACGAGAAACGGCGAUUUAG